CGGCGAUAAGAUCUCGCGAGGUUUUCUCGUCUGAGUUCGGUCAUAGCUGUGGGUGGAGACUUCUCCAGCAGCUGGGUUAAUGCUCGCAGAAUACGCGCGACAGAGCCAAAUUUGCGCUACGUAGCGAUAAAAUUAAGCCAACACGCGAUCUGUUAAUACCAACUGUGAAUGAACACAUCGUGUAUUUAGCUUAACAACCUCGGAAAUGCUGCGUUUGUACGAUGUAAAGUUGUAAAUGAUCAUUGGCACUGGUUUGCUGCAGCUGCUGUUGAAACCGUGUAUCCGCAGUGAAUUAACAACACUUGGUCCUGGCUCACCCUUCCCACAGGUGGAGCAUGAGUGUGUGGUCGGAGUCCUGCUGCAAUGCGUGCUAUUGGGUGUAGGAUGAAUCUGCCGGCAGUGCUGAAUGGCCUGCUCGUGUCAGUGGUGGCAGCCUUGCUUUGGAAAUACGUUCGGCUGAUUGAACACACAUCACAGCUGGAAGAGGAGUUACAUCUUACACGCCAAUCACAGGAGUUCUCACAGGUGCGUAUCGACUACCACGGUGCCCUGUUAGCACUCCAAGAGCAUGGCACCAGAAUGGUCUGCACUGGCAAGAUGCACACUGAUCGCAUCUGCCGCUUUGACUACCUUUGCUACUGCACAGAGGCUGAGGAGUUCGUAUUCUUCCACAGUAAUGCCUCUGUGAUGCUGCCCAACCUUGGCCCUCGGCGUUUCCAGCCUGCCCUGCUGGACCUCUCAUCUGUAGAAGACCACAACACUCAAUACUUUAACUUUCUCGAGCUCCCGGCAGCAGCUCUGAAGUUUAUGCCGAAACCUGUGUUUGUGCCAGAUGUUGCUCUAAUUCUGAACCGUUUUAACCCAGACAACCUCAUGCACAUUUUCCAUGAUGAUCUUUUGCCCAUAUACUACACCAUGCAGCAGUAUUCAGACUUGGAUGAUGAGGCCAGACUCGUCUUCAUGGAGGGUUGGGGUGAAGGGGCUCACUUUGAUCUCUACCGCUUGCUUAGCAGUAAGCAACCUCUUCUCAAGGAGCAGUUGAAGACCUUUGGCAAACUCAUGUGUUUCACCAAGUCCUACGUUGGAUUGUCAAAGAUGACAACAUGGUACCAAUAUGGCUUUGUGCAACCGCAAGGACCCAAAGCCAACAUUCUGAUUUCAGGUAACGAGAUCCGCCAGUUUGCUUCAUUUUUGAUGGAGAGGCUUAACAUCACGCAAGAGGAGGGCGAUGACUACAUUGUAGUUUUUAAGCGUACCACUAACAGGCUCAUCCUCAAUGAGGCGGAACUACUUCUGGCUUUAGCCCAAGAGUUUCAGAUGAGGACUGUCACUGUGUCUUUGGAGGAGCAGUCGUUUGAUAGCAUUAUCCAAAUUAUUAGUGGUGCGACUAUGUUGGUCAGCAUGCACGGAGCCCAAAUGAUUACCUCCAUGUUCUUGCCCCGUGGUGCCGCUGUGGUUGAACUCUUUCCGUAUGCUAUAAACCCAGAGCAGUACACUCCCUACAAAACCUUGGCCUCCUUACCUGGCAUGGACCUUCAGUAUGUCGCAUGGAGAAAUACCAUGGAAGAGAACACUGUUACAUAUCCUGAUCGCCCUUGGGAUCAGGGUGGCAUCGUCCACCUUGAGAAAGAGGAACAAGAACGUAUCCUUGCCAGCAAGGAGGUGCCAAGGCAUCUUUGUUGUCGUAAUCCAGAGUGGCUUUUCCGCAUUUACCAGGACACUACUGUGGACAUUGCCUCUUUUCUGGAAGUACUCAGAGAAACUCUAAAAAAGCCUAAUCUGAAAAAGGCCAAGGUGGCUAGCACUGUACAUCCUGGUCGAGUCAGAGAGCCCAAGUGCCAGACGUCAGUACAGGCAACCAAUGAAGCAAAGCUCUCAGUGUCAUGGCAGAUCCCUUGGAACCUGAAGUACCUGAAGGUUAAAGAGGUGAAAUAUGAGGUGUGGAUCCAGGAGCAGGGAGAGAACACAUAUAUGCCUUACAUUCUGCCCCAUCAGAACUACACCUUCUCGGAAAACAUCAAACCCUUUACCACAUAUUUAGUAUGGGUGCGCUGUAUCUUCAACAAGAACCUCUUGGGCCCAUUUGCAGAUGUUCUUAUAUGUAAAACUUGAUUCUUUAAUCAGGUUAGACAUAACACUGUCACUGUCAGCUAGCAAAGAAUUAAUUUUAAGAUUAAUUCUCAGGAGCUAUCCUGAAAAUUAUAAGGUGUGACAUGGCUGAAUUAUUUUUGGACUCGGUUGUCACUCUUGUGACUUGAUUGUUCUUCAUGGUCCUUAUAGAGUGUCAUGAACUGACAGAGAACGAACGGCCUGACUGCAAUGAAGGUUAGAAGAGAAUGCAGUUUGCAGAACUGCCAGUUCUUUUAGGUCCUACCAUCAUCCAAUCAAAGUUCUCAAUGACUUUUAUUUAUCAGAAAUGUAAUGCAUAAUUUAAAUUUGUAUUUAUAAGUCCAAGACACUGGUUUUGUCUGACACCUGCUUUGGUUAACUAAAAUAAUGCACAGAUUUCUGUGGCUUAAGCAACAUGAUAUGGAUUUUAUGUGAUUUUGUAAGUGUGGGGGGUGGGGGGAUUGUAUUGAAUUAGAAAUUAGUAUGAACUAUCUGCAAGAAAGUAGAAGAAAAAUCGAAAGUGAACUUUAAGAUGAAUAUUAUACUAUUUUAAAAAUAGGCUGCUUUUGUGUGGGUUGACUGUAGUCUGCCUCUGCAGUCUUGAUGUUUUUCUUUUUAAUCAGCCUCAAAACCACUGAUUAUUAUCUACCUGUUCAAUGGGAAAUGUUUGAAUUUGUUUACCAGUGAGAUCUAUCAAAUCGCAUCACAGACAGAAGACUUACAUAUUCAAGUCAGUAGUGUUUUUGAUGACUUGGGUGAAAUAGUUUAAGAUAGUGUCCUGAAAUUUGAAAGUCUCUUUUUUUUUGUUGAUGGCAUGUCAGUAAUUACUUCUGUGUUAAGUAAGUUGGAACCACUGAGUUAAGCAACCUAGUGUGUUUGGUGAUAACAGCUUAGUGGACUAGGAGCACAAAGAAAAUUGGUUCAAACAUGGGAAAGUCAGUUCAUGAACUGACAGUACAACAGUACAAACCUUUUAUGACUGCAUAAGCCUUACAGAAUGCAAUAUUAAAGUUUUGAAGAUAACUAUUUGUGUAAAAAAAAAAAAAACAACAGCAACAUUAUUUAGACGUGCUUCCUAUCCUGCCAUUCAACAAAUGAACUUAAGAGUAUCUAUAUCUGGUUUAGCUUCUCUAAAGUGCCAGUUCCGUUGUUUUAUUUUUUUGUUUGUUUGCUUUUUUUUAAGAUGCUUUUGUGCAUAUCUUUUAUGUCUCAUCUGCAUUUCUGCAAAGACAAGCUGUGUUGUGAUGGCUUAUGGUUUAUUAAAAAGAUGGAAAC